AUGUCGAGCAUUAUCCUCGUUCGCGAUCCAGAGGACCGCGAAAUUCAAUUCAAAUGGACCUGGCACCCUAGUGAAACGAUCACCGAUGCCUCGGGGAGUACCUCCUGGCAGGCCGUCCAUCUACUUUUCAAAGAGGUAACACGGUCUGUGGGAUUUCAAUGGCCAUCGGACCAGGAUUCGCGUCUUUUCAUCCAGCUAUCUUCUCAGGAGCACCACCCAAUCCAGCCCCAGCAGUGGGGAUCGGAAGAAGCUCUUCGAUUGCUCCUCGACUGCCUCUCUGCUACCAUCGGCGAACAGGGCACGGCCCUCAGUCUGGUGGUUCCGCAAUGCCCUGGCUAUAUCGUUCGCCCCGAUAUAAUCCCGUUGCGUUUACUCGACUGUCCGCUAGUCGCACGCGUGUCCAGCUUCGCGACACUUCAACACCGCUUCGAGGGUGAAUCGCUUCACCCUGAACACUCCGCGGCGCUUCCAAACGUCUUCGCCGCCUCUGCUGGCGGCGUCAUCGUGAAGCAGCCGGGAACCGUCGAUCGCCGUCACGCCUGGGAUGAGCAAUUUGCCUCGCUCGAUCAGGAGAUACGCAAUCGUUUGUCGUUCCCCUGGUUGUCUGCGCAGAGCCGCCUCCGCAGGACGCUGGCGAUUGUGGAUGGAGGGAUUAGCAGCCCGGAGCACGGCGGCACGGGUGAGAGUCUCUACACAGCCGCUCUCGCUCUCGGCAUUGACAUGGUGGUGCUGGAUAGCCCGACCCACUGGGUGAAUGGCUUGGACUAUGUCCACUGGCGGAAGGCGGCGAUCCCCCUAGAAUGCCCGUUGCACCCGGACGCAAAAUUCCCUGACCGGAUCGUCGAGGCGGUGCGCGCGUACGACGGCCAGAUCGACGGGAUUGUGACUUUCCGUGACCACUACAAGCGCCUGGUGGCCGAAGCGGCUGUACGGCUGGGCUUGCCGACCUACUCGCCAUCGGCGUACGAGAUUGCGACCGAUAAAUUCAAGACCAGUGUCUCCGAGGGACACCACGCCUUUGUGGCGUCGAGUGCGGCGGAAGGUUGUCACAUUGUGCGCGAGCAUGGGCUGGCGUUCCCCUUAAUCAUCAAGCCCACGAAUGGAUUCCUCUCCGAGGGAGUCGUGCGAGUCGAGAAUCUUGCCCAGUUCGAGGCAGGCGUGCAAGCAAUCCACACCGAGCGCCACGGUAGCGAAUUUGUGAUUGAGAAAUACUGUUCGGGGCCCGAGGUCGACGCGAACCUUGUCCUCUGUGACGGCGAAUUGAUCUUCUUUGAAGUCUCAGAUGACUUUCCCAAAGGCGCGGAUGUCAAUGAGCAGGCCUCCGUCAAUACGUUCAUCGAGCUAGCAAACGUGCUUCCGUCCAAGCUGCCAGAGGCCGAGCUCACGAUGCUGGGAGAGGCCCUCACGAGGAGCGUGCAACGGAUGGGCUUUUCGGACGGCUUCUAUCACCUCGAAGCCAGGGUAGAGAACUCGCGCAUGCACUACGUGGUGGAUAUUCGCACCGGCGUCCUCGACCUCACCGAGCGAGAUCGCCCGCCCACGGGCGCCCCGUCGGCCUGGCUGAUUGAAGUCAAUCCGCGCCCGCCCGGGAUCCAGGCCUCGGCGGCUGUCAAGCACACGUACGGCGUUGAUUACUUUGCGCUGGCGCUGCUGUUCGCACUAGCUGACAAGGAGCGAGUGCGGCAACUCUCACAUCCCUUUCUGCAGGGUCCGCAGUACUGGUGCGAGAUGGUGUUCAUCCCCGUCGAGAAAGGCGGGGUGUAUGACUCCGGGGAUUUGUGCGAGGACCUACGGGAGAGGCAUCCGGACCUGGCUGCCUCUGUGUCCGCGUCCUUUUGCUUUUUGAGGAAGGGAGACCUAGUCGUCGAUCCGUCAUCGGGGGUCAACUCUUGGGUCGCAUAUUUCAACGUCUUUUCCCGCGAGAGCCGCAAGCAUGUCUUGGAUUUAGCCAAGGAAAUUCGCCGGGUGGUGAAUUAUUCCAUUGUUUAG